AUGCCAGCAGUCGUGCUGCGUCCCGCUGCUCCCUCCCAAGAGACAAAUGGGACAAACCUCAACCCGCUGCCUUCCCUUCUUCAUACCCCUUCAGGACUGGCCAUUGUGGAGAUCCAAGGCACAAUCCACGGACCAUUCCAGAAUCUCGCAACAGAGAAUGCAGACCAGUCCCAAGCUGUGCACUCCAUAGGGCGCCUUGAAUUCCCGCUGUACAAUCCUCAAGACGCCAACGAGGGCAAAUGGAUGAAGAAAGUCUAUAUGUACGUCGGCAGGCAUCAGAGAUUGACCGGUGAAGUCAAAAAGUUGGCGAAACCAUUGGCCGUUCUUCGGAAAAUCGAUGAGAACGAUCACAUGGGCGACGAACAGAGCGGUGAGGCGCUGGAGAUCGUGGAUGUUGUCAAGUUUAAGCUGCUGUUCAGUGCGAGGCCGGAGCCAGUCGGGGAGUGA